UGUGUUCCCUCUCUCGCUGUGUCUCUGUCAAAUAAAUAAAUAAAAUAUUAACAAAACAAAACAAAACAAAAAAACCUCUCCGUUUGUCCAGAAAGUAAGGAGGAAAAUAACCAGGGUGCACUGCUCAGGCAAGUGCUGAUCAGCUAUGUCUUCCGGUUGCGUGGUUGUGCUUUCUGUUACCCAAUCACAGAAAAAUCAAAGACUGGGUGACCCACGUGCUCAUUUUAUAAAAGAAAUUAGGCUGAGGCGAGUUAAGUGCUUUUAGAUCAGGAAGAUAAUGGCAGAGCGAGGACAAGAAUCCCACCACCCAGUGACAUCUUCUGGCUAGGGAAAUUCUCGUGCAAGUGCAACCAGGACUGAGCACAAUGAUGAAGACACCAGAGAGACCAAGGAGAGCUGCCCAAACCAGACCAGCUCUCCUUGGAAGUGGCAAAGGGAAAUCCCCCGUAACACGUUAGCACUGGUGGAAACUGAGUGAGAGGUCCAUGGAAUCUCUCUGUGCUAUUUCUGCAGCUUCCUACGAAUUUAUAAUCAUUUCAAAAUAAAAAGUUAAAGAAAUAGUGGAAAUCCUCCAGAAAAAACACAUUCGUGUGAUGAGAGAGUGUUUUCCCUCACAAACAGGAAUGUCACUGCCUCUAGGUCUUAUUUUUUAUUAUUAUUUUUUUAAUUUUUUUGCCUCUAGGUUUUAAAAGAAUGGUGCCUAGGAAGAAAAAUUGACGUACACCUGGGACCCGCCAGGAGGAAACUGGUGGAGCCAGGACUGAACCCUGCAGCCUGGAACCCUCCACUGUUAGCGCUGAAAGACGACUUUGCAUUGCUAGAACCCAGAGCGAUUCCUGGGGAGGAUGGGCCACUCUGAAGCAGCCCAUCAGACUCACAGGAGGGGUCUGCAUCAGUGUGCUGGAUAAUGGAAUGACAAACGUCAGCGUUACCACUGACAGAGGUAAACUACUGUAAUCAGAAACCUUUUGAGACUGAAGAAUGUUUUUAGGAGAAAAAGGUCUCUUAUGACAAGGGUAAGGAUUAUAUUCACAAGUGGAUGAAAUUUAGACAUUGUUAUAAGGAGAAAGUGACCUGAUAAUUUUUUUGACAUAAACCAAGUAUUUGUUACAAAAAGUUGGUUAUGUAUGCAUGACAAAGAUUAUAUAUUAUUUUUAAAUCACUUAUUUUAAAAUUACAAAGCACCAACAUUUUACUUUGGUGAAGUGCUACAGUCAAUUCUUUUAAAACCAUAACACCAAAAGGCGUUCCCAGUCUUCUCCCUCUACAUGACACGGGGCUGUCAGCCAACGCUGAGGACAAAAUGAUUAGAUUAAUAAUACAUAAGAAAGGAAGGACUUAAAAUAGCAUAUCCGUGGACAGCAUGAUUAUAAUCCUAGGAAAUCAACAACAAAAUACCAUCAAUAAUGAAUGAAUUUAGAAAAUCUAUAGGCUCUAAGGAAGAAAAAAAAUCACCGCAUUCUUAUCUGUUAGGAUGCUUAAAGCAGAAACCUCAGUAAAGAGAAAAGCAAUUUACAAACACUACAAAAUAUUUAAAAUCUGUUAUGUAACUUAGCUCAGGAUAGUAAAGAUUUAAUUAGGAAAAAUAUCAAUACCUAAUAGGAUGAAUAGAAGAAGUUAUACGUAACAGUCAAGAAAUUGCUAAUUCCUGGUUGAGAAGUCAGUCCUUUAUCAUAAUAAAGAUAAUACUUCCCAAGAAAUACAAGGAUUUAAUGUAACACGGACUUGAAAUUCCUGCUGAAUAUAAUUUAGAAUUUGAUAAAUUAAGAUCGGAAUUUGCCUAGAAGAGUAAGUAUACAAGAACACCAAAUAUGUAGGUCUUCAAAUAUAACAACAGCAGGCUUAUCCCAUCAGAUUUUUAAAUAUCUUACAAAGCAACAAUGAACCAAUGUUUAUGAUAUUAGGAGAAAAACAAAGGGACUAAUCAAUAUAUUUUAAGGUUCCAGAAAUAAAUUGAAACAAUAAAACUCUAAGAACUGGAAAGAACAAUGGGGGGAAAAUACUAGUUAAUAAACACAAAAAUGGUGGGAUUCAUUCAUCAUUCUAUACCAUAUACAAGUCAAAGCAUUAAACAUAAAUCAAACAAAAAAAGCCUGGAGAAAAUAAAGGAAUAAUUAUCCAAGAUAUGGGGAAAAAAAAUUUAUACCUACUCAGAGAAGGAUGCAUUCAAUACAUAAAGCCAAAGCGUUUAACAAAACAGAAGGCAAUAGAAAAAAUACUUGAAGGAUACAACAUAUUUAUAAGAUCAAUGUACAGAUUCUAUUUAAUCAAUACACAAAGGAGAAAAACCCAGUUUAUACACAGGAAAUACAGACAGUAAGCCAAAACAUCCAGGCUCACUGGCUUUGGAAAAUUAAAACUUUAACUCUUAGAUAUAUAUUAAAGUAGCAAAAAAAAUUAAAGUAACCAUGUUGAUGGGGCUUAUGGAAACACGGUACACUAAUAAUUUGCUAAAUAUACUAUAAACUUGUUCUGUGUUUCAAGAAGUCUUAAACUAGCUUUUUCCACCAUCUUGGAGUCUGCGGAGGCCUGCUGGGCACAGGACUCCUGUAACGCCAAGUAAUGUCCGGAAGGCUGUGGCCCAAGGCCAUUUUUGCUGGCUAUAAGCGGGGUCUCCGGAACCAGAGGGAGCACACAGCUCUUCUUAAAAUCGAAGGUGUUUAUGCUCGAGAUGAAACGGAAUUCUACCUAGGCAAGAGAUGUGCUUAUGUGUACAAAGCAAAGAACAACACGGUGACUCCUGGUGGCAAACCAAACAAAACCAGAGUAAUCUGGGGAAAAGUAACUCGUGCUCAUGGAAACAGUGGCACGGUUCGUGCCAAAUUCCGAAGCAACCUUCCUGCUAAAGCCAUUGGCCACAGAAUCCGUGUGAUGCUGUACCCCUCAAGGAUUUAAAUUUAAUGAAAAGUAACUCGUGCUCAUGGAAACAGUGGCACGGUUCGUGCCAAAUUCCGAAGCAACCUUCCUGCUAAAGCCAUUGGCCACAGAAUCCGUGUGAUGCUGUACCC